AUCAAACUCUACCUCAUGCUGGAGCCUCUUUUGCUGCUGGACUUUCUUCGUGCUGCAGACGGCAGCUACGACUACGACCAAGCCUACGCGCUGCUGCUCCAGGAGCGGCAGCAGCAGCAGCAGAAGCAGCAGAAGCAGCAGCAGCAGCCGAAACAGGACAGUUCUGCUGCUCCAUCUUGCGAUGGUCCAGCACAGGCGACAGUAGAUGCGGCGCCCGCAGCAGCAGCAGCAGCAGCAGCAGUUCCUGCUGCUGCUGCUGCACCAUCGGGGGCAGAAGCAAACGCCGAACCAGCAGCAGCAGCAGACAAGACAUCAGUAGCCGAAACCGGAGCAGUAGCCGGAGCAGCAGCAGCAGCAGCAACAGCUGAGGAAGCAGCAGCAACAGAAGCAGACGCAGCCGGUGAGAAGCCGGCAACAGCAGAAGCAGCAGCAGCAGACGAGCCAGAAAAAGUGACCGAAGCAUCAGCAGCAGCAGCCGUGGUAGCAGCAGCGUGCGAAGCAGCAGCAGCUUCAGGCGACUCAACAGCAGCAGGCGAAGCAGCAUCGACAGGAGCAGCAGCAGCAGACGCCGCAGCAGCAGACGCAGCAGCAGCAGACGCAACAGCAGCGGACGCAGCAGCAGCAGACGCCGCAGCGGCAGACGCAGCAGCAGCGGACGCAGCAGCAGCAGGCGCUCCCGAAGACAUGCUGCAGAGUUUGCGAACAUGCUUCUCUUCAUUGAAGCCUGAAGUCCCUCGUGCUGCUGCUUUCCUGCUGCAGCGGCUGGGCAGAGUAGAAGAAGCUGUGCUGCUGCUGCUGCUGCGCUGCAGCGACGUGGAAGCAGCAGUACAGGUGGCAGAGGAGGCGCAGGCAGCAGCAGCAGCAGCAGCAGCAGCACGCCCCCUUCAGCAGCAACUGGCUCUGCAGCCACACGAGAGCUGGGACCAGGAGCUACAACAGCAGCAGCAGCAGCAGCAGCAGCAGCAAAUUGAGGACCCCAGCGGGGGCUUGUGGACUCUUAUUGUGGCUGUCUGCAGCAAACGCAGCUGCCUUCUUGUUGAUUUGCUGCAGGCCCUAGACAAGGCCCCUUUGCUGCAGCAGCGCGGCGGCGGAAGCUUUGCUGCAAAUCUAGCAGCAGCAGCAACAGCACCAGCAGGUGACAAGCCGUCAGCUUUCCGUGUGCGAAGCAGCAGCAGCGGCAGCAGCACCAGCAGCAGCAGCGGCAGCACCAGCAGCGGCAGAGGGCUCACAAG